GCCUGUUAGCGAGGCCGCCCGUUCCUCCCUCCCUCCCUUCCUCCCUCCGGGCAGCCUCAGGGCCUUUCUUUGCCUCUCGCCAGCGAGUGGAGGAGGAAGAGCCGCCGCAGCAGCGCCUGCCCCGGGGCCGAUCGGCGGCCGCUGGCCAAGGUGGGUGGGCGCACCCGGGCCGGGGCUGCGGGCAGCAGCUCCUGAGCCACCGACAGCUUCUGCAGAGGCCGGGGCCGGGGCCUGGGCCUGCCCACCCGUUCUGUGCCGAGCGGCGGCGAGGAGGGGCGUGCAGCCGGGCGGACAGCGGGUGCCGGCCCUCGGCAUCGCCCGCCGCCACUGACCGCGCUCGCCGGGGAGAUGAUGGAGCUCCUAGAGGAAGAUCUCACCUGUCCCAUUUGCUGUAGCCUGUUUGAUGAUCCUCGUGUCCUGCCCUGUUCCCACAAUUUCUGCAGAAAGUGUUUGGAAGGAAUUCUUGAUGGAAAUGUGCGGAAUGUUCUUUGGAGGCCGUCCCCUUUCAAGUGCCCCACGUGCAGGAAGGAGACUCCUGUUACUGGUGUCAACAGUUUGCAAGUCAACUACUCCCUGAAAGGUAUUGUGGAGAAGUACAACAAAAUCAAAGUAACUCCAAAAAUGCCCGUGUGCAAAGUGCACAGCGGGCAACCCCUUAACAUUUUCUGCCGGACAGACAUGCAGCUGAUCUGUGGGGUUUGUGCCACCCGUGGUGACCAUACAAAGCAUGUUUUCUGUUCUAUUGAAGAAGCUUAUUCCCAGGAGAAGCGGGCUUUUGAAACACUUUUUCAGGGCUUUGAAACGUGGCGUUGUGGAGAUGCCCUCUCGCGGCUGGAUACCUUAGAAACCAGUAAGAGGAAAGCUCUGCAGAUGCUGACCAAAGAUUCUGACAAAGUGAAGGAAUUCUUUGAGAAGCUACAGCACACGCUGGAGCAGAAGCGCAAUGAGAUCCUCUCUGACUUUGAGACCAUGAAACUUGCAGUGAUGCAGGCCUAUGACCCGGAAAUCAAUAAACUGAACACCAUUCUGCAGGAGCAGCGGAUGGCUUUUAACAUUGCAGAGGCCUUCAAAGAUGUGUCUGAACCCAUUAUAUUUCUGCAGCAGAUGCAGGAGUUCAGGGAAAAAAUCAAGGUGCUUAAAGAAACUCCUUUACCUUGUUCCAGUGUGGACAUCAGCCCUACAAUGAAGAGCUUUGAUACCAGCCAGUGGAAUGGCAUAAAGCUAGUUGAUGUGGACAAACUUUCCUUGCCUCAGGAAAACAAUACUCUUAAAUUCAAGAUUUCCUCAGUCUUUUCGCGCCGAUUUAUAGUGAAUUCUCUUAUUUGCUUGCUUAUUCUUGCUGUCACCAGGAUGUCCUUUGUGGAGUCAGUUGUUGACAAUCUCCAGUGCUGGAGAUCUCAAUUCUUUGCAAUUAACUUGUCCUAUUUGGCAGAUACGGUGGAGAUAGCAGAUCACGCAGUCUUUUACUGGGAACAGAUGACAGAUGGAGCUUCACUUCUAAGAGAAAAGUGUAAAAACUAUACAUUGGUUGUACUGGAUAAUGUUGCACAGUUUGUGUGCAAGUAUAAACUGUUGUGAAGGCCAUGCAGG